CAGCCCAGUGACUAUUUCCUCUGGUCCUUGUUCAACCUUUUAUUCUUAAGCAGCUACUGCUUCUGCUGCCUCAGCUUCAGCGCCCUCGUCUUCUCCAUCAAGGCAAGGGAUCGUAAAGUUAUUGGAGAUCCUGAACGCGCAGCUAGCUAUGGGAAGAAAGCCAAAUACCUGAACAUCGCUGCCUGCCUUAUAGGCAUUGGAAUCACUGUUACUUGUUUCGUUGCAAUAAUUUUAAGUGCAGAAAAAUAUGCUUAAAUUGGUCAGAGAAAUGAGGGAGAAACCCCAAUUAUUACAGCCAGAUCAAUGAAGAACAAAUAAUUCACCCAAGAUAUCAUCACCAAACAUUUUUUACUGCAUAUUGGCUGCAUCACUUUUCUAUCUCAUGUAUAUUUUCCCUUGUCAAAAGGAGGAUUCUGUGUAGUUUAGUACAAUUUGCCAUACUGACAGCAGGUUGCCUCUAGAAUAGAGUUUUUCAAUUGAAUUCUGCAAAGCUCCAUGACAACUUGACAGCAUUCACGAGAGAUUUAGAACCAAGCAAACAGAAUUCAAUUCAGUACAGCCAGUGGUAUUCAAAGCAACUUUUCUAAGGAAAAGCAAUCACAUCCCAAUAACUGAACAUUGAUUUCUACAGUUAAAACGUUAAAUUUCCAAGUAAUUGUGUAAGUUUUUGUGCACUAGAAAUGUUAAUUUUGCAUUUAUAAUACUUUACUUUUUAUACUAAGAUAAUUGGAGGAAUCAUGGGAGACUAGUUAAGAUAUCAGUUAUUUUGAAAUUAAAAUAAAUCACAAAAAACACAAA